GACAAAAAAUGGAACACACCAGCAGUGUGAGGAGACCUGAAAGUGGCACAUGGCAGAGAGUGUGGCGAUGGAGACAGCAGCAAUGGGAGGCCGUACAGGGACCCAUGAGAGACUCUGGACCUGGCAGCAGCAUGAGGAGGCGGUAUAGGGGCCCAUGGCAGAUUAGGGGCCUGGCAGCAGCUAUGGGAGGCCCCGUAAUCUGCCAGCACCCUAUGUCAAAAAAUUGAACACACCAGCAGUGUGUGAGGAGACCUGAAAGUGGCACAUGGCAGAGUGUGGCGAUGGAGACAGCAGCAAUGGGAGGCCGUACAGGGACCCAUGAGAGACUCUGGACCUGGCAGCAGCAUGA